GCGUUGAGGCCCCGCGGAAGGUAAAAAUGGAGGUAGACUGACGUGCUUGCUGCAGUUCUGCCGGCUGGUUUACAAGUCGGAAAUCGAAAUCGUCGGUCGACGAUGUUUUUAACUGGACGCAAAAUUGGAGAAAUACUGAGGCCCUUUGGAGGAAAGAGAUGGGCGCAGAGGGAGGCGGGAAGAGUGACACUGAGGUGUCCCAAGAAUUGAAGGUAGUAACUUUCAAGGGCUCGCGCGCCAUCUGUGCCCGAUGCACUUGAGUGCUUGUUUGAAGAAGGCCGGUUUUGGGGCCACACCCAGACCCGCCCAAGCAGAACAUCCGGAGAUGGGGCUCCGGAAUAUACAUUUUAAUCAGCGCACCCUCCAACUGAGUUUUGUACACCGUGAAGUUUGAAAACCACUGUCUUACAGCGACACCCGGAGAGGAUGCUAUUGCUCUGCCCCGUCAUUAGGAAAUCUCGGUGUUGAUUUAUCAACAGACUGCAAUUUCUUCACUGCCAAAAUGACAUCAUUUUCCACCUCUGCCCAGUGUUCAACUUCUGACAGUGCUUGCAGGAUCUCUGCAGAACAAACCAAUCAGGUACGACCAAAACUGCCACUUUUGAAGAUUUUGCAGGCAGCAGGUGCACAAGGUGAAAUGUUCACUGUUAAAGAGGUCAUGCACUAUCUAGGCCAGUACAUAAUGGUGAAGCAGCUUUAUGACCAGCAGGAGCAGCAUAUGGUGUAUUGUGGUGGAGAUCUUCUGGGAGAACUGCUAGGACGUCAGAGCUUCUCCGUGAAAGAUCCGAGCCCUCUCUAUGAUAUGCUAAGAAAGAAUCUUGUCACUUUAGCCACUGCCACUACAGAUGCUGCUCAGACUCUCGCUCUCGCACAGGAUCACAGUAUGGAUAUUCCAAGUCAAGACCAACUGAAGCAAAGUUCAGAAGAAGGUUCCAGUUCUAGGAAAAGAAUGGAAGAAGGCAAUAUACCUACACUGCCUACCUCACAACAUAAAUGCAGAAAUUCUAGAGAAGGUGAAGACUUCAUAAAAAACUUAACCCAAGGUGAGACCUCUAAGCUGGACCUUGGGUUUGAGGAGUGGGAUAUAGCCGGACUGCCUUGGUGGUUUUUAGGAAACCUGAGGAACAACUAUACACCUAGAAGUAAUGGCUCAACUGAUUUACAGACAAAUCAGGAUAUAGGUACUGCCAUUGUUUCAGACACCACAGAUGAUUUGUGGUUUUUGAAUGAGUCUGUAUCAGAGCAAUUUGGUGUGGGAAUCAAAGUUGAAGCCACAGAUACUGAACAAACAAGUGAAGAAGUAGGGAAAGUAAGAGACAAAAAGGUGAUUGAAGUGGGAAAAAAUGAUGACCUUGAGGACUCCAAGUCCAUAAGUGACGAUACUGAUGUAGAAGUUACCUCUGAGGAUGAGUGGCAGUGUACUGAGUGCAAGAAAUUUAACUCUCCAAGCAAGAGGUACUGUUUCCGUUGCUGGGCCUUGAGGAAGGAUUGGUAUUCAGAUUGUUCUAAGUUAACCCAUUCUCUCUCCACGUCUGAUAUCACUGCCAUACCUGAAAAGAAGGAAAAUGAAGGAAUUGAUGUCCCUGAUUGCCGAAGAACCAUAUCAGCUCCAGUUGUUAGACCUAAAGAUGUGUAUACAAAGGAAGAAAACCCUAAACUUUUUGAUCCCUGCAACUCAGUAGAAUUCUUGGAUUUGGCCCACAGUUCGGAAAGCCAAGAAACCAUAUCAAGCACGGGAGAACAAUCAGAUAACCUUUUUGAACAGAGAACAGACACAGAAAACAUGGAAGAUUGCCAGAAUCUCUUGAAGCCGUGUAGUCUGUGUGAGAAAAGACCACGAGAUGGAAACAUUAUUCAUGGGAGGACGGGCCAUCUUGUCACUUGUUUUCACUGUGCCAGAAGAUUAAAGAAGGCUGGGGCUUCAUGCCCUAUUUGCAAGAAAGAGAUUCAGUUGGUUAUUAAGGUUUUUAUAGCAUAGCUAACUCAGCGAAUUGCAGAAAAUAUUAACAGGGCUAGGUCAUGUUUCAAAAUGUCAGUAUUGAGCAUCUCUACUCAGUGUAGCCCAUUACAUCUGUUUAUUUAUUUAGGUAAACAUCUGUGUUCCCCAACAUUUUUGCUUCUAAACUUAUAUGGAAUUUGAGAAUGAGUUCUUUAGAACUAGGUUGCCAAUUUGGGGGACGCUGUUAACAUGAAAAGAUACGUUAACCACUUCAUUCUCUCCUCAAAGAUGAGGAUCUGGGAGAAAGCAACUGCCAGUACUAACAAAGAUACAUUAAUUCGCUCACUUACCAAAUUAUUUGAAGAUUUACUAUUUCCUUAGUUAAUUGUAUUCCCCAUUCUUUUUUUCUGUUAGGGAAUGUUAUUAGGCAUUAGGAUCCAAGGUGGCUAUUAGAAAAAUACUAAAGCUAACAAAAGAAAUAAUAAUAAAUUUGAUUAGUCAAGGUAUGUAAUGCUAUAUAGAUUGUUGCAGUCAGGCUGCACGAUUCAGAUAAGCUAAAAGAAAAGUCUUGAUAAACAAGCGCUUUCUUCCAUGUGUGCCUAGAACAAUGGUAUGGAGCAUUUUUGCUAACAUACUCCUAAAAGGAUUUUGAAAAAGUAUAUGUAACCUUUUGCACAUUUUACACCAUGAGGUAUAUAAUUAACAGACAAAGUUUCCUUUCUGGUGAGUUGUAGACCUCUGAGUAGCCAGCCUAAAACAAGCAAUGGAACAUUUCUGUCUCCUUAGAAUGUUUCCCUUGUUCCUCUUUCCAAGCAGUUCCCCCUCCAUUUCGUGCCUCUCAUUCUAGGUUAGCUGUCCUUUUGCACAUGUUUAGUGUGACAUCUAAAUUUUAAAAAUACCUUUAAAUACUUAGAAAGGGUACCCUAUCCGAUACAUUGUAUAUGUGCCUUAAAAAUAUUUUUCUCAAAGCCUUGGAGCUGUAGGUUUCGUUGAUUAAAGUUAUAGAAAAAGUCCUGUCAUAUAAAGUAGCAAAGCUGUUCUCAUUUUAAAAUUCAUCAGCCAAAUCAGAUUUCACUUUCACUCAGAAAAUGUUUGACUUUAUUUUUAAAAAUAAAUGCAUUAACACAUUUCUGGCACAACCGUCUCAAUUACAGUUCUAAGGUAGGUAAGGCAUAGAAUUUUUAACCUAAGCUCCCUUUGCUUUACUCUGUCCUCAUUAUCUUCUGAGAAUCCUCUGGAGGUUUUUUGUUGUUCUUUUAUUUGAUGCCUCUAGAGGUUUUUUACAUUCUGAGGCAAUGCCCCAUAGUAAGAUUCUAGAUGGGUGAGAGGCAGCCUUUCCUUUGGAAAUAGGGAGUUAUGGCAGUUGUGAAAAGGAUAUUAAGAAAAAUGGUAGAUCUGAAGAAGCCUUAUCUGAGCACAUUAAUCUUAGGACAGUACAAAUGGAAGUUGAAGACCUUUAAGCUGAUGUCUUUAUACCUAUCCCUGCCUGCUUUCUCCAUGGAAAAAUCUUGAAGUAUGCCCAGGGGUAUGCAUAUGAGAUUUUGGGGACGAGGGCCCUAGAAUUAACAAAUUUACUGAUCCAAAAAAUUACCUGGGUUGCUUGUUAAAACAGCCCAAGUUAAAAAAAAAAAAAAAAAAAAAAAGCCAAACUCGAACCCCCCUCCCCCCACUUUGCCCUGGAGUUUCCAUUUGAACAUGUGUUCCUGGAAGCUGAUUCAAGUGGUCCACAGACCACACUUUGGGAAGCCCUGCCCUAGAAGGAAGGGUUUUCCCAGUUACAAGAAGUAGAAUGAACAAGAUCAUUUUUAGCAGCAUAUUUAAUUUUCUGAGGGGGAGUUUUGUUAAAAGUUCUAGAAUUUUAAAACUAGAAUGCACUCAUAUACUCAAGCCCCUGUUAUUUUGCACUUGAGGCUAAAUUUAAGGUUAAAUGACUGUCAAAAGUCGCAGCUAGUGAUGCAGCUAUUACUAGAAUCUAGGUGACUUGUAGUAAAUCUCUAAACCAUGCUCGCUCCCUUGUCGUUGUUUGUUAAAUAUAUAAAGCGGGAUGCUUCUCGAAUUUGUGGUAGCUCAUCAUCCUAAAAUACUGCAGAAUGUGACUUGCAGCCAAACUAGGACUUUAGAGAGAGUAAUAGCUUUUAACACUUUCUCCCCAAAGAAAAAGGCCCUAUAAGUGUCGGGCUUUCUUAUAUAAUCAGAUGUCCUCCCACAGGGAGGACAGAUAAAGGUGCAGAGGAGCCUGAUCCAUUGUCUCCAGUAUUGUUCCUUCUUGGGGAAGGAAGGUAAGUUCCUGGCUCUCUCUAGGCAUCAGGGACAAGGGUUUGUUUUCCUUCUAGAAGUAGAACGAGUCCUUUGAGUUUAGUGUUUUGUUAAACCAUGGUAAAUGCUCCACCACUCCUGCAAUUUAAAUGACUUUUUCCCCUAUUUUCUCUCAAGUACUACUCUCUUCAUAAUAGUUUGAUAGCCCUCAAUUUUGUUUGAUUUUUGCCAGUUCGGCGCUUUUGCAAAUGGUAACUUAAAGGAGGGACAGGGAGAGUUGGGGAUCUGCACUUGUACCCUCUGAUUCCUCUUAUGAAAAGUCGCAGGUUUUUUUAGAAAAUUAAAAAAUUGGAAAAUUUUGUGUUUGUAGAUAUUUGAUGCCAGUUUUGGUACAUCCUUGCCUAGCACAGGAUCCUCUUUUGCUACUCAACUUUCCUGAUCUCCCCCUUGCUCACCUGGGUUUUAUACUGUCCCCGUUACCACGAAAUACUUUGCUUAGAACAUCCCAAGCUGUAUGUUUGAGCUGUGAGUGGUAUAAUAACCUAGACUCGGGUUUCCUGGAUCUCUGAUGAGAGCCGAGAGCCGUGGGACUGACUGCAGCUGUUACAGAGAAACGAGUGAUAGUAUCUGCAGGAGGAGGCAGCUGGUAUUUCUUGGUAGCUUCUCUGAAAUCCGGGAUGCCGCUUCCCCUGCAGAUUGUUUCCUUCAUCCCGGAUCCCUAUCCUGUGUAAUCACCCCUGGGAGUGGAGGAUAGCAAGCAGGACUUGUCUAUUCCUUGGGGUAGAAUGGGUGAAGAGUCCUACAAAGGGCCACAUCACGCUAUCAGAGCAGUUCGUUACCUGCAUCUUGAUUUAUUUUUGGUUUUGUUCUUUUUUUUUUCCAUGCUACUGCGGUACAGGUAUAUUUUACUCACUGCCAGUAAAGCAAGACAUAGUUUGUAUGUGAAGUCUUCAUAGUUUUACUUCUGCCAGGUAAAUUCCUAAUUUCCAAACACUACUAUUUAUCUUUUAGUUGUAUUUAGGGUGGACAGUGUGCUCUGGUGUUCUGGAAACAGUGCCAGUUUACCGCUCUUUUUUCAGCAGCCCAUCUGAUUUAUCUCCUUUUCUCCCUUUUC